CGCCAGCAGACGACACAUUCCAGCCUGGCACGGUUCAUCGACUCGCAGAACCAGCAGCACUAGGUUACCAUAGCAACCUGACACAGUGCCUUCGUUAUACAAGAUGACGUGUUGAUCACGUGACAUCAAAUGUCUUUGGACAAACGUCGAUGACAAUGUCAUGAUCAACAGCUCUAUCGGGCCUUGGUCAGACCAGCUAGAUGUCACACAGCUAGAUGUCAUCAGGAUCUUGCUGUCAUUUAGCGCUGGUGUCAUCUCGCUGCUGACUCUGACUUGUAACGCGCUACUUAUCGGCGUCAUAGUCAAGAGCCGGGCCCUGCAGACGCCGACCAACGUCUUCAUGGCGUCAUUGGCUGUUGGAGAAAUGAGCAUCGGGGUCUUUGCCAUUCCGUUCGCCGCAGCCAGUGCUAUGGUCAGCAGAUGGCCAUUUUCUGAGCUGACAUGCCAAAUGACGGCCAGCAUGAGGACGAUUGGACGCAGUUCUAGUGCCUACAGUUUGAUGGCCGUCUGUCUAGACCGGUGUCUGGCGGUCAGCAGACCUUUGAGAUACUCGCACAUCCUGACCGUCAAGAGCGCAUGCGCACUGCUGGCUCUCAUUUGGCUGGGCUCGCUCAUCAUGGGCCUGUUGCCGCUGUGGUCGUGGGGCAACUAUAGCUACGACGAGGCGUACUACUCGUGCACCCUGCAGGGGAGCGGCGCCCAGGAGCAGCCUCUGGUCAAGGAGUUGGCCUGCAGCUUCCUGCCCGCCGCCGUCAUUCUCCUCUCUAUCCUGCAGAUCAUCCGCGAGCUCAAGACUCACCACAGGAUCUUCUCUGUUGUACCGUUGCCAGUGACAACAUCUACACUCGCAUCAGGAGAGAUAAUGCCCGGGGUCAUGCCCGGGGUCAUGCCCGGGGUCAUGCCCGGGGUCAUGCCCGGGGUCGUGUCUGGGGUCAUGUCUGGGGCGCGGGGAUUCAACAGGAAAACAUCGAGGGCCAUGCGUUCAUUGUUCGUCGUGACAUGCGGCUACGCCUGUCUGUGCCUGCCCCUCUCCGUCAUCAACAUCACCCACAAGCACAACGACUGGCCCGGCCCGAACAUCCUGACGUUUCUCGUCUGGCUGUCGUUUCUUUGUUGCGUCAUCAACCCCAUCAUCAUCAUAUUCUUCAACCGGACAUUUCGUUCUCAGCUGAAGAGUGUGUUGAGUUGUCGUCGAUGUGAAAUCAGCAAACAGGAAGUGUUCACCAUCUCGUCUGGUCUCCAUACGACGCUCGAUGCCACGCUCGUGCUAAACGUCAUCAAACACGAGCAUGCCUCCACAACCACCUCCAUUCGCAGAUUAAUCCUUGGUGUACCCGUACAUCUGUAGCCCUACAUCCACUGGCCAGUACAUCUGUAGCCCUACAUCCACUAGCCAGUACAUCUGUAGCCCUACAUCCAUUGGUCUGUACAAC